CUCAGUUCUGAUCCUUGUGACACUAUGGAAGAAGGGAUUUUUUUCCACCUUAGUUUUGAGCAAAACUCCUACACUUAAUGAAACUAGGUCUGCACAGGAGUGAUCCAAGACCUGCACAAGAUCUAGGCCAUCAAAAAGCUUCUUACCCCAUUUUUAAGAUUCAUUUAAAUGGUUUUGGAAGACUUUUGAGCCACUCUGACUUUUAAAAAUGGAGAGAUGUACUUUAUCGAGGAUGAGAACUAAUAGUGGAGUCAUCUGCAUGAUUUUUGUGCUCUUUCUUUGCUGCACUACUGGAAAAUGCAAACUCGAGGAAACAAAACCAACAAACUCAGUAAGCCUUGACACUGUCAAACCUCAUCCAAAUGACAUUGGGGAACCUCAGCCUUAUCCAGAGGAGGAGCAGGGCAAACUUCCUGUGUUUACAAUGAACUACAGUCGGAUCCAAAUCCCAUUUGAAUUUACUUUAUGGGUACUGCUGGCUUCUUUUUCCAAAAUUGGUUUCCACAUCUACCAAAAAAUCACAAUCUGGAUCCCAGAGUCAUGUCUACUCAUUGGCAUCGGCCUUAUAGUUGGGGGCAUCAUGUACUCUGUGAAGGAGGAACCCCCCGCCGUUCUCAGCUCCGAUGUUUUCUUCCUCUACAUGCUCCUACCCAUUGUUUUGGAUAACGGCUAUUUCAUGCCCACAAGGCCGUUCUUUGAAAAUGUUGGGACGGUGUUGUGGUACGCUGUGGUGGGAGCGUUGUGGAACAGCAUCGGCAUAGGCCUCUCUCUCUUUGCCAUCUGCCAAUUUGAAGUGUUUGACCUUCAAGACAUUAAUCUGCAGGAGAACUUGCUUUUUGCCUCAAUCAUCUCUGCUGUGGACCCUGUGGCAGUUCUUAACGUGUUUGAAGAUGUUGGAGUCAAUGAGCAGAUCUACAUAGUUAUUUUUGGAGAGGGUCUCUUUAGUGAUGCCGUCACGGUGGUCCUCUACAGCAUGUUUGCCUUUCUGGCCAACAUGCCAGCCAUUGACUCUAUAGAUGUGUUCCUGGGCGUGGCCAGAUUUUUUGUGGUGGGAAUUGGAGGGGUCCUUUUCGGCCUCCUAUUUGGCUUCAUGGCGGCGUUCACCUCCCGCUUCACCAGCAGGGUGCAGGAGAUCGAGCCCCUGUUCGUCUUCAUGUUCAGCUACCUGGCCUACCUGGUGGCAGAGCUGUUUGCCAUCUCCAGCGUCAUGGCCAUCAUCAUAUGCGCCAUAACGAUGAAGUACUACGUGGAGGAAAAUGUUUCCCAGAGAUCCUGCACCACCAUUCGCCACGUUGUCAAGAUGCUGGCUACCAUCUCUGAGACGCUCAUCUUCUUCUUCUUGGGUGUGGUUACCAUAACAACUGUCCAUGAGUGGAACUGGGCCUACAUCCUGUUCACGCUGCUCUUUGCCUUCCUGUGGAGAGGACUCGGAAUUCUGGUGCUGACCCAGAUCAUCAACCCGUUCCGGACUAUCCAGUUCAAUUUAAAGGACCAGUUUGGCUUGGCGUACGGAGGCCUGAGAGGAGCAAUCUGCUUCGCUUUGGUCUUCACUCUGGGGGACACAAUUAAUAGAAGAAACCUGUUUGUCACGGCUUCAGUCGCCAUCAUCAUAUUCACAGUUUUCAUCCAGGGCAUCAGCAUCCGCCCCAUAGUUGAGUAUAUAAAGAUCAGAAGGACCAACAAAGAUCUUAAUACUAUUAAUGUAGAGAUUCAUACCAGGACAAUGGAGCACCUUCUUUGUGGCAUUGACGACUUGUGUGGACAGUGGGGUCUAUACUGGAAAGACAAGUUUAAAAGGUUCAACGAUCGCUUUUUGAGACGCAUCCUGCUGCGAGACAGGAAAGCCGAGUCGAGUAUAGUAUCUAUGUACAAGAAGCUGGAGCUUCAAAAUGCCAUUGAGCUACUGGACACAACGAUGGGAGACAUCAGCGCAGCUCCAUCUCUUCUUUCCCUACAAGAUGAGAAGAAGGAGGCAUCUCGGCCAAAGAAGAAGUUCAAGGCUACUGACAUUAGGAAAAUGCAUGACAUCCUGUCUAAGAACAUGUACAGAAUUCGACAAAGGACCACGGCUUUCACCAGCAAAUACAGUCUACCAGAUGACAGCCAAACCAGAGAGAUUCUGAUUCGCCGCCAUGCAAGCAUCCGACGCAGCCUCCGUGCUGAGAAUUUCCGUGAACAGCCAGCACAGAACAUCUCCAAGUCUCUGAGGUACUACUCCCUCCAACCUGGUGGUAAUCUGGAUUCUGCUUUACCUCUCAGAAGACGAAGUCAUGCUAUUCCUGAGGUGGAUCGCUUGCGGUCAUCUGGUGUGUCUCCACGCUCCUCAUCCCGCUCGCUAAUUCCAAUGAGCAAACUGAACACAAUUGAAGAAAAAAGAAGUCCAGUGGAGGCAUCAGUUGCCUCCACACACCCUCUGGAACCAUCUUCUACAGAAGACCACCUGGAUGAGGUGUUUACAGGCUCGAGGGUAAGAGGACGUAGAGCCCCUGUUCCCGCAGCGAGGAGACGUGGCCAAAAUCGGGUUGAUGAAGAUGAAGAUGAGAAUAUCUCUGAAAGUCAAGGGGAGGAACGGCAUCUACCUCCUCGAGGCUGGGCCCCUGAAAACAGGGAUCUUGGAGCAAAUGAGGCUGGAAACUCAUUACUUAGACCGUCAUCGCUAAGAUCCCAACGCUCAUGGAGAACAUGACAAACUGACCUUGUAUUUUGUACACAAAGAAGUUAUUUCUUUCUGAUGGAUGUAAAAUUUGAACCUAGAAAUAUGGAGUAGCAGGCUUCCAAUAGAGAGUGUACUGUAUAAUGUUCACCAGGACCCAACAAUCCGUUAUUUUUGUAUUUGAGGACUUAAUUUGGAUGUAUUUAUUUUUACGUUUCGACUGUCCUGAGCCAACAGUGAUAAAAUAAAUGGAAUUUGUAGGUAAAGCCAUUAUUAAUUUUUUUUUUCUUUUUAAAGUCUGCUGUUUUCUGCAUUCGCACAGGAUUAAAGGUUGACUAACUGAGCUCCCACACACAACAGUCCCUUAUCUUAGCAAAAUGUGUUCUCCCAGCCAAUUCAACAGAUGGCUGCAUGAUGUGUUUAAAGAUGAGAGUGUUGGCUAAAAUUAGCGAGAUGCUGAAGUCGAAAUUAAUUUCAUGAAAUGAAAACGUAAAGCAGUCUUUGUCAAAGUAAAAAAAAGGGCCAUUUGCUGAAUGUUUUGCCAAGCUUCAGUUCUCUGCACAUAUUAAAAUGGUAUCAGAACAAAUUGCAGUCAAAAUAAUAUAGGCAGAACCAGGAAGUAUGAAAAAAUGACAACAAAAAUUUGAAGUAAUACAUGGUUAACAAAUUUGCUGUCUAUUAAUGUGGAUAAUUUAGCUAUAAAAUGAGGAUUAUACUCAGGAAACUGUUCUCCCGCUAUGUUUUGAUUAAAAAAAACAACAUUUUAUCCUUACAGUGGUAUUUGAAUUAUAGCAACAAAUAAGGCAUAAACAUUUAAAAUUAACUUUUGUUAUCUGAACUAAAAACCAAAUAGAAUUUUGAUGCCCAUGAUGUAUAUUUCUGACAACACACAGAUUCAGUUAUCUAAUCUGAUGGAGUUGUUAUAAUACACUGCUGUAUGUUCCACCAUUUAACCAGUACAUCUGAAACCAGGAAGAGGACCCACAGGUACUAUUAAACUCAGGAAAGAGGAGUUCGAGCAUUAGAUGUCUUAAUGUUCCCUUUUAUUAGUCCACUCAACUCUUUUACGGCCCUCUGUUCUCAUAAACCUUCAGAGGUAAAGCUGUACGUCUGCCCGGCAAAGCUUUAAACGUUGGGAUGAAUUGUUUUUACAGUUAGCAGAGGAAGCUAACUCUUACAGCUGAAUCAAAGAAAUUCAGCUGUAUAUCACAAUGCGAAAAAACAGUGUCCCUUUGAUAUUGCAUUAGUAAAGCUCUGCAAUAAUAGAGUUUCCACCUGAAACUGUGUGCAGUGAUUUAAUGUCAUAACAGAGAAGAGACAAGCGUGGAUUUGUUGUGGGAGGAAGCCUUGAACAGGAGACAGACGGUAUCUCCUCAUCUGCUGUAGGAGGCAAAACUCUAAGCUCAGCUCAGGUUUAGUGACCAAUAUUUCAUAGGUAAAAACACACAAUGACAACUGAAGAUAAAAAAAAUGACAUAAACAUGAUGAAAACAGGCAAAAAGUUGGACAGAAAUGGGGACAUUGUUAGAUCGGUUGAAAGGAGCAGGAUGUGGGUCAACAUGCAAGGUUGGCAUCUAACAUUUUUAACACGACUCCAAAUGACAACAAACGGCAAAAAUGAAGAGGCAGAAUGUUAAGAACUAU